UGUGCUUGUUAAAAGGUGCAGAUGAGUGGUGGUAAAGUAAAGAAACGUAUACAAAAAUAGUGCUGUAGAUAAAAGCACAAUAAGUCCUGGAGUCGAUUACACAGCUUUUUACAAAAGCAGUAAAUCAUAUGUGCGCAACGAUUGAAAUUAACCGAAAAUGAUAAGACAUCAAUUAACUUGGUUCAUUUUGAACGUAUGCUUAGUGUAUACUUUCAACUUGGAACCAAGAAUACCUGUUAUCAAAAGAGGCCUGAAUGGCUCUUAUUUUGGUUAUUCCAUAGCCGAACAUCAAGAAAUAUCUGACGAUAGUACAGAAAAACCGAAAAGUUGGAUGUUAAUUGGUGCCCCCUUAGACCAAAAUAGACAACCGAAUACUAAUAGGUCUGGUGCAUUAUGGCAGUGCCCUUUAACAACAUACCAAAGGGACUGUGUUCAAGUGAUCACAGAUGGACGAUUAACAGAAGGAGGUCUGUAUGAUACAAGUUUUGAGUCUGAUGAUUUAGUAUCGCCUGGUAAUGAUGAAAUUAAAGAUAAUCAAUGGUUAGGAGUAACUGUUCGUAGUCAAGGUGUCGGCGGUAAAGUUCUGGUUUGCGCGCAUAGACAUAUCGUAAAAACAGCUGAUUCUCAAUGGGGCCAAGGACAAUGUUAUAUAUUAACGCAAGAUUUGAAACAUCAAGAUUUAAAAAAACCUUGCUCCGGGAAACCAACAAAUAAAGCACACGAACAAUUUGGGUAUUGUCAAGCUGGAACUAGUGGUGUACUUACUUCAGAAGAUCGUGUUGUGAUUGGUACACCGGGUCCGCACACUUGGAGAGGAACUCUCUACCUUUUUACCAUUUCAGAUGAAUUUUUAACCAGAGAUAAUACAGUUUAUAAUGCUCCGAUGCAAGAUGCUUCUCCUGUCAGUAAAUACAGUUACUUAGGAAUGUCUGUUGCUGUGGGAAACUUUUUUGGUACCGGAUUAGCUUAUGCGGCUGGAGCGCCACGUUCAAACGGUACAGGUCAAGUUAUUCUACUUACAAAACGAGAUUUCAAACCGGACAUGGAUGUUGCUCUUAUUUUGGACGGUGAACAAUUUGCUUCGAGUUUUGGAUAUGAAAUUACUUCCGCGGAUGUGAACGGAGACAAAAUCACAGAUCUUAUCGUGGCAGCGCCAUUUUAUUUCAACAAAGCGGAAGGAGGCUCUGUGUAUGUGUAUACAACUUUGCAAAAAACUUAUAAGGAGGGCGAAAAGAGUAAGCCUGUUAAGCUUGUCGGGCGCGAAGAAUCAAGAUUUGGAUUUGCAUUAACAAAUCUAGGAGAUUUAAAUAAAGAUGGAUAUGAAGAUAUAGCCGUUGGAGCGCCUUAUGAAAAAAAAGGAACUGUAUAUAUAUACCUUGGUUCUAAAAAUGGAAUAAUCGCAGUACCGUCACAGGUAAUACAUGCAGACGAUAUGCCAGAACCACUGCAAACAUUUGGUUACUCGUUGAGUGGAGGGAUCGAUAUGGAUCAAAAUGGGUAUGCGGAUUUGUUAGUGGGAGCUUAUGAAAACGAUGCUGUAGCACUCCUUCGUUCAAAAAAGAUUAUUGAUAUUACUACUUAUAUUCGUUAUUUAAAAAAAGAUGGCACAAAUCAAGAAAAAAUAGAACCUAUCGAUCCCAAUAGAUUUGGAUGCCCAGAAGACCCUGAUUCAAAUCAUACAUGUUUCUCGUUCGAAGCAUGUUGCAAAACGGAAUCUCUCGUAAAAGAGGAAGAUAUGCAAAAUUUAAAAUUGAAUUAUUAUAUCGAAGCUGAAACUUAUACCGGAGUUAAAAAAUUCUCUAGAGUUUGGUUCGGAGUUGGUAAUUCACGACCACAUUAUAUAAAUCGCACGGUUACUUUAGACACAACAAAAUUUGAACAUUGCCAAAAGGAAAUAGUUUAUUUAAAGGAAAAUACACGCGAUAUCCAGUCACCUAUUAAAUUUCGUUUAAACUAUUCGCUGAUUCAAGAAGAUCCAAUUAUGCCCGCUGAAGGUGAACCAUUACCCGAUAUAAAGAAUUAUCCUAUAUUGAAUCAACAAGAAGCUGCCCGUGUGUUCGAAGCAACUUUCCAAAAAGAUUGUGGCAAUAACGAUAUUUGCGAAAGCGAUCUACAAGUAAAGGCUCGAUUAAAUUUAUCAGCUUCGUCUGUGAAACCAAAUUUCUAUGAACUUCUUUUGGGCGAAAGGGAAGAAGUUGUAGUGGAUGUAAAUGUGUCUAACAUCGGGGAAUCAGCGUAUGAGGCACAACUGUUCAUCGUUCAUUCUCAAAGCUUAAAUUACAUUGCCAGCAAAAGCAAUGAAUCCGUAAUAUGCAAUUUACACAAUACUACUAUAGUGGCUUGUUCCAUUGGAAACCCAUUUAAGAAAGAUAAAAUGGUAAAUAUACAAGUACGAUUUGAUCCUAAAGAAUUGGAAGAUAACGAGUCACAGUUAGGAUUUAUGAUAUUUGCUAAUUCUACUUCAAAAGAAAUAAAAGAAAAAGAACCUACGAAAUUGCGAGCAACGGUACUAAAGCGGGCAGAAUUAUCGAUUAAAGGGAGUGCAAAAAUUCAAUGGGCUUUCUAUGGCGGACCAGUCAUAGGCGAAUCAGCUGUAAAACAUUUAAACGAAGUAGGACCUAAAGUUUCACAUAUUUACGAAGUAUUUAAUGAAGGACCAUGGAGAGUAAGUAGCUUAGAAAUUCGCAUAUCGUGGCCUUACGAGGUUGCAAAUGAUAAAGCUCACGGAAAAUGGCUUUUAUAUUUAGAAGAACUGCCAACUGUUAAAGCUUUAGGCGAUGGUGAAUGCAUACUGCCGCCAGAACAUGUAGUUAAUCCAUUAAAGUUACAGGAUAGUAUUAGUUACGAUGAUAUGGAUGUUUUUCAAUCUGCAGUGUCCACUCCUCCUACAUUGUACAAUCACACCAACCACGUAAGAACGAGAAGAGACACAGAAAAAGUUGUUAACACGCGAACCGUCAUCGAUAAAGAUGGCCAUAGACGUCAAAUAGUUUCGAUGAAUUGUAAAGCAGGAACUGCAAAAUGUUUUGACAUUACAUGCUUCAUAUAUAACUUGCAAAGGAAACAAGAAGCAAUCAUCACUGUUAAAGCAAGGUUGUGGAAUUCUACACUUGUAGAGGACUAUCCAAAAGUGGAUCAAGUACACAUAGGUUCUAACGCAAAGAUAAUUAUACCAGCGAAUGUUAUAAUACAACAAGAAAAUUUAAAAGAUGAUCACACAGUUGCAGAGACGAUUGUAUAUCCGGAUCUUCUUGAUCAACAAGAUGCCGAGCCUGUGCCAAUUUGGGUAAUCGUGGUGGCUGUGGUGGCAGGUUUGAUCCUAUUUAUUUUACUUACGUUAGUUCUCCGAAAGCUUGGAUUCUUUAAGAGACGGCGACCAGAUCCGACUUUGUCUGGAAACCUCGAGAAACAUAAAGAUGACAAUCCGGAAAGUGAAGCGUUUUUUAAACGCUAAAAGUCGUAACAAAUAUUUGUUAUGGAUACAUACUUAAAAAGUGCUUUUUCCACAAAUUAUCAUGAUUACUUACGUUUAGAGUACUUACAAUAAAAAUUAACAAAAGAUAACAAAGUUCGAAGACGAGAGAUAUAUACGAUGCAACAAUGAAACAACUAAAUGCAAGAAGUUUUGGUAUCGAUAUUGUGAUAUAUUGACUUAUUUAUAGAUAUAUUUCUUUUAAACAAAAAGGUGCAAAAUUGUUAUUAAUGCAACUUUUUGAUGUAUCAUACAUUUUCGUGAUUUCGCGGUCAUAGUUAUGACUUACCGUUCAUACAUGUAUUCGUACCAUUGACUUCAAUUCAUUCAAUUACAUCGUCUUGCAAAUACUUUUUCUAUUAGAAAUUUCCGGCUGAUGCAAUUUUAUAUAUUUUUAUCGUUACAUUUUAUUAAUGUAAAAUAUUUAAAAUAUUUUAGUAAAGAAUUACUUCUUGACAAUAAUACUACUUAAUUUACAUAUUCAUAUAAACGCACAAGUCUGCAAGGUAAAGUAUACACAGGAUUUUUUAAAAAUAUAAACGUGCCUUUACAUUAUAGGAUUAUGUAUAUAUUUAAAACAUUUAUUAAGUCGUAAAAUAGUUUGAACAUAUACUGCAGGUACUUAAUACUUAUUAUUUCAUCAGUCAGUCGAUGGUUUAAGUAUGAUAAAACACAUUGUGUAUUACUCUUUUACAAUAAAACACAUUCCUCAAAGUAUUUAUAUAUCUGCAUGUAUUAGGUAACAUACAAUUUUCUGGGAAUACUACAUAAAUAUUUAAGAAUAUUAGGUCGCGUGGAAAAAAAACAAAUACGUAUGAUCACUUUAAGAAAUCACUGUAGAACAAAAUAAGUUUAAAUUUGCUAUCAGAUAUUGACCACAUGCAAUUUACUUAAUUUUUUAAUCGUUAAAUUGUAGCUUAUCGGUAGUUUUGUAUUCGCAUAUUGAAAUAUAAACAUCGUUAACUUUAAGGUAAUUUACAUAAUAUCUGCUGGUAAUUUAUAUUCCAUUGCCAGUAAAAAAUUAACACUGCCCUGUAAAAUAUAUUUACAAGAACGAGAAAUAAACUGGAGGAAUCCGUUUAGCAAUCUGCUAAUAUUUUCUGCAAAGUAUUUAACAAAAAUAUUUCAUUACACGCGUUAAUAGUUAUCUUAUUGAAUGAAAUGUAACUGUAUGUAUAAUGCAAUUUAAAAAAUUUAGUGUACACGAAUGUAAGAUAAAAAUUUUUUCAUUUUAUUUCUCGAUUAUAAAUGCAAUGUUA